AUGCCCGGUGUAAUUUUUAUUGUAAACGUCCCACAAAAACAACACCAGGAAGAUAUGAAGGAAAAAUACAUGAAAACGGAUGCUUUGGAAAAAGAAAAAUAUGAAAACACAUUUCAAAUUGUGAACGAACUGAAAGAAAAAAAGUUUGGUACGAAAAAAGAUGACCGUUAUAUGGAAAAUAAUACUAUUACUAUUUUGAAAAGCAAAUCAAUAGAUUAUUUGAACAAAGAAGAUGCAACAUCUAAUUUAUUUAAGUCACAUAGUGAAAAGACUUUAAAUUCAGAGGACUUGUCGUCAGACAGCAGUGGAAGUUUGAAAACGUCAUGGCGGGAUAUAAAACAAAUUAUAAAACCUAAAAAGAAUAAGUUUCGAAUAUCUACACCCGUUCGUGGUGUUGAUAUUUUAAACGCUUUUCAUUGGGACACGCCGCUGGAAAAAAUUCUGUCCGAAGUAGUUCUACGCUUGGGUGUAGAAAAUGCUUCGUGGUCAAGAACUAAUGACAACAAAUACUGGCAGGUUAUAUUUUCUGUAGAAUCAGGAAACUCGUGUGAAGAACUGCUUCUAGUUUUGCGAACAUUGGGCAUCGGCUCUCGCUACCAAUCUUCUAUUAGUGUGGUCCCCAGCGCUUUGUAUUACAAAUCCACUAACAGCUUAGAAUACCAACGACAACAACUUGGCUUUGAAAAUGAAUCCAACACUGCGUGGUCUCGGUUCUCAUCGUCGGUGCGCGCUCGGAACAACCUCGCCCAGGUCCUGCAUGACGUCAGACGGGGUGCGGCAUUGACGUUCGAUUGGCUGUUCCUUCUUGUGGUCGCAGCGUUUGUUGCAGCUUUCGGUCUCGUCGAAAACUCAACUGUUAUCCUAGUAGCUAGCAUGCUUAUUUCACCAUUGAUGGGUCCAAUAACAGCAGCCACUCUGGGCACGGCCGUCCGCGACCCGUCUCUACAGCUGAUGGGUAUAAUGCACGAGCUCUUAGGUUUGUUUCUGUCUUUGGUGAUCGGUUUCAUCUUUGGUCUGACGAUCUGUGCUCUGGACGAGUGGUAUGGAAUGGUCGACGACUGGCCAACAUAUGAAAUGAUAACCAGAUGUGAGCUGCAUUCUUUAUGGGUAGGAAUAGCAAUAGCAAUACCGAGCGGUGCUGGAGUAGCAUUAGCUGUACUAGGAGAGUACACGGCGUCUCUUGUCGGAGUCGCUAUUUCAGCUUCUUUACUGCCACCAGCGGUUAACGCUGGACUCCUCUGGGCCAUGUCAUUAGUUCGUUUGAUCGUCCCAGUACAAGAAUCUCGAUGGGCUGUAACAAGACCCCUUGAGUUGGUUAAACUCGGAACGGCGUCUCUUUGUCUCACAUUAGUAAACAUCGCGUGUAUAUUUGUAGCCGGAGUGGCAGUCUACAAGGUUAAAAAAGUAUGUUCCCUCAGCGAAAGGGACAUUUCAUGGUGGGUGGGCAAUAAAAAUCGAUUGAACGAUUGUGAUCAAGACAUAAAAGAAAAUAGCAAGAUAUUCGAUGAAGUAUACAGCAAGUGGUGCAAUGAGGCUGACAAGAUAAAUCGAAAAGAGGAGGGGGUCCUGCCAUCUGUCAUUCACAGUGACACCGUCACGUACCGCCGAAACCAAGGAAUCGACCGACAGAAAGCCCAGAAUAUUGAAACUGUCUUCUCAGAAAUGCACAAUGAAACUUAUACGCCGCUCGAUGACAAUAAGGAGAACAUUAUAAAUAACAAACUGAAUAACACUCCUAAGAUUGACAAUCAAAGCGAUCGUGGGACUGAUAAGAAAGGUAGUUUUUACAGUCCAGAGAAAGAAUUUCAAAAAGAAGAAACUGAAAAGAACAAUUACCCUAUAUUAGAACCUUCGAUCAACAAUAGUAACUAGAUUUCGGGUCGGUGCAGAAAAUCCGUCUCGUCAAAUAACAGCUCACUUGAAAUGUGAGCUGUUAUUUUGUUUAGUUCACUUCAAACACAGCCAAUGUCAACCCGUCUCACAAUGCCGCAGUGUCUAUUCAAAAGUUGCAAAAAUAAUGCCCGAAAAAGCAAUUUAACGGCUGAAGUAUCUUACUUUCGCUUUCCUAGCAAUCACGUGUGCAGAAUGGAUCUCGAUGGUCGCCAGAGAAACAAGAGAUGACUUUUAUAAGCCAGCUAAGAUCUCCGCUUAUUGACACUGGACAUCUUUGCCUUCCGUGCUCACGGCUACUGAAACGUGGCCGAAACUUUGUUAUAAAAAUACCGCGCUUGAAACCGUUUAAACGUUGUUUUAUUAUGUGCACUGGUCGCGAAAACUUAAAAAUAAAUAUUACACAAAAACGUAACGCUAAUAAAAUAAUAAGUAAUGUAUAGAUACUAACAAACAUACAUUUCCAAAACAUAAAAAGUAAACAACUAAAGUUUUACUUUAAUUCAUUAAUAAAUUAUUUUAGUGUUCAGCGCGACUCCCUUACUUCCUGUAGUAAAUAGAAAUCGGCAUUUCAAGAAGCAAAAAUAAAUAAAGCAAAACGAUGUUAGUUCUCAGAGCAAUUAAGGGAAAAGUUACUUUAUUUGUUGUCUCUUAAGAUUGAUUUAACAUUAAAAGUUGUUUAAAAUAUGUCUUUUUAUUGGUAAGUGACAGGAGUAAUUUAUUGCUUUGCUCGUUUUAUGUGACGAAUGAUCGUAAGUAUUAGAUAAUGUUUUGGAGAUUUGUGACUUUAUUACUAGGUGCCAUAGUUGUAAUUAGUUUGAACGUAAAAGUGUUUCAAAACUUUUUUCUCCGUUUGUUAGUAAAUGAAUAUAGCUAUAUAAGUAUACAUUCACGCGGACAGUUUUUGCUUUAAUUUUGUACGUAUCCCUUUAUCUAGUUACUAUUGUUGAUCGAAGAUUAGAACCAUCGCUUAGUUAUACUGUAGAUUCUCGAAAUCCUGUCAUUAUGUUAGAGUCUAGAUCUUUCCAUGUUUAAUUUAUUUGUGAAUUCGCUUUAGGAGCUACUAAGUUUAUUCGUGAUAAAAUACAUUUGUUUACUUUACAGUUUCGUUAACACCAUGCUUUUUAAGAUUUUUAAAAGAAUAAAAUGUUCAAGUAGU